AUGACUUGGGAGCGUCUUCAGGCUGUUGAAUUUUCCUUCUUAACUUUGGCUGACUCCGGAGCUUUCCUCACUCAUGCUCCUGCAAAACUCAGUGAAACACUCGCCAUCAUAAGACCGUUCAGAUGGGAGCGCUCUCCAAGCCUUACCGAAAAUAGUCCGUCUACACAAGUACAUAUGUCUACACUCACUGUGGCUCACCCCAUAUCUUAUCCUUGUUCAUCAUCAAGUAAAGAGCCAUCUAAAACUCACAAGGCGCGUUUAGUGACAGUUCUUGUAUCUCUCGGAGCAACCUAUGUAAUCGGGGAUAUGUAUUCUGCAAACCUUACUAGUUUGCUAGCAAGGCCUGCUAGAGAACGACCUAUAGGAACUCUGCAAGCUCUCGAAGAAGCUAUGAGAGAUCGAGGUUACGAGCUGGUGGUAGAAAGACACAGUUCUUCGUUGACUAUUUUGGAAACUCAGGGGGAGUCCACAAAGGGGUUGGAGCCGGUCUCAUUAAGGAUGCUGAGGGGCGCCUUUUGUUUGCUGGGCAUUGGAUAUCUCUUGGCUGCUGUAGCUCUUGCUGUAGAGAUUCAGAUAUACCGUCGAAGUAAGAAAUGUAUGCAAACUGAGAUGACGUCAUCGGAACACAAGCGUUCACCGGGGGAUAUAUUCAGGAAAGCGAUUAAGAACAUCGGACGCGUCUGCAGGAAGGCUGUUAGGUCGCUUUGCAGGCAGAUUGAUAGAGCUUUAGGUCCUGGGUUACAUUAA